UAAACCAUUUAAACCUGUUCUGGUAGAUUGUGAACCUGAAAAUUAGCAUAAAACCGCCUCUUUAAAAGACUGUUACCAUGUUUUUACCGAUUAUUGGAUUAUAGUUUGUUAUAGUUUAGAAAUUGUUUGAAUGUUGAUUUUUACUUUGCAUUAAUAAUCUAAAUUUGCAAAGUAACUAGUCACUGAAGUUGUCAAAUAAAUAUUAUAAAUAAAAAAGUACAAAAUGUAGUGAAGUAGAAAGUACCACAAGGUGGAAAAAUUUAUUUAAAGUACCUUUGUGCUCAAUUGCAGUACUUUAGAGAAAGUACAUGGUUACAUUCAACCAGUGUUUAUUACAGAGGAAGAUAAGAUAAAAGUCUCUAUCUGAUUUCUUUUUUUCUUAUAAGUUGCAGUUUUAUUCCAGUAGUUUCUUAAAGCUCAUAGAUGGGUCAGUCGUCUAUCUUUUACUUUCUGUCUUACUUUCUUUUACCAGCAACAUACUGUCUGCUAAACCAGGUCUACAUUUGUGGUUAUAUGUGUAUACAGACGUACAGAAGUGUAAUGUUUUGAAUGAAAGUUUGUGGUAGUUUUACAUUUUUGAAAUGUUAUUUCAGGGUAUGGGAGCAGGAGACACAACCAAAUAGAGGAGUGUUCGAACACAGUAAAAACUCUCAGAGAUAAAUAUAAAACAAAAAAAAUCCCAGGUCAUUUGAAGUUCAGCUGGUUUGGAGGAAGUCUAAAUGAGAUAGAAACCACGGAGGAAACACAGAGGUGAGUCACCAACAUGUCCAGAAAGUCACACAGGAGGUCGUCUCCUGGCGUCUGCUGCUGCUGCCUCACCUCCUCUGACUCUGACUGUGACUCUAAUGAACGCAGCCAAAUGAAUUCAGCUGCUGAACGUGAAAGAUCAGAAAGAGAAGCGUCAUGUUUCAGCAGAGCAGCCAGAAGCAUCAGGAGGGCUCUGUCCAGGAUUCGCAGAGGUAAUUCUGCCUCUUCUCGUGACCACGCCCUGAAUUAUUGCCCUGAUCCUCAGUCUAAUUUGAACUGUGGCGACAUUGACCAGCUUCACCGUCUUUCUUUCAAAGAGGAUCAUUUUGCAGAUGCAUCACCAGGGCCGAGUUCUCUUAAUCUCUCUUCAGAUAAGAGGCUGUUGGACAUACGGAGCAACUUAAUCGAUGGGAUAUCAGGACCGGUUCUCACAAGUCUGCUGGACAAACUGUUUGAGAAAACGGUGAUAGCUGAAGCUGAGAGGGAGUCAGCGGACGAGAUGCAGAACAGAAGAGACAAAGCUCGUUUUGUUAUCGACACAGUGAGGAAGAAAGGUGAAGCUGCUAGUUCAGAGAUGAUUGAGUUCCUCUGUGAGGCCGACCCCUUCCUCUGUGAACAUCUCGGGUUGAUCUGAAGGCAAAUCAACAGGUGGUAAAGAUUAAAUGUACACCGAUCAGACAUAACAUUAUGACCACCUGCCUAAUAUUGUGUAGGUCCUCCAUUUGCCGCCAAAACAGCCCUGACCGGUAGAGGCAUGGACUCCACUAGACCUCUGAAGGAGUGCUGUGGUAUCUGGCACCAAGACAUUAUUAGCAGAUCCUUUAAGUCCUAAGUUGUGAGGUGGGUCCUCCGUGGAUCAGACUUGCUUUACCAACAUCCCACAGAUGCUCCAUUGGAUUCUGGAGAUGCUCAAAUCCUUACGCUCAACCAUUUUACCUGCUUCUAACACAUCAACUAUGAGGACACAACGUUCACUUCACCUGUCAGUGGUCAUAAUGUUAUGGCUGAUUGGUGUAUAUUACCCAGAGUGUUCAUAAAAAUGUUUAUGUAAAUAUUUGAAUGGUCUCUUAUCAAAUGUACUGGUGUAAACACAUAACAGAGCAGCUGGUUAGUAAAUUGGGUUUUCUGUUGGCUGUGUGAACAAGUUCAUGUGCUUCGGGGAAUCUCCCUGAUCUGUUUGUACAGACUGAAUAUGAGAAGAAACUUUGAAGAGGUUUGAAGCCAUCUGCUGGCCAAAAGGUUUUACACAACACAAUCUAACCACAAAGUCCAUUCAGUGACGCAGCUGAAGCUUUUUGAUUCAAUCAAACAACUUCCUAAGAUAAAGUUAUAGAUGUUUAAAUAGUGUUUCUUGUCCUGGGUGACUUAGAGGUUGAGGAUGCCUUGCACCUCCUUUUCAAAUGUCAAAGAGGCCUUGAGCUAGAUACAAGGAGGCCUCUGGGACCCCUCAACAGUCUGACCAUGUUUAGGUGCAUUUUGUUUUGGUACUAUACCUGAGUUGUAGCCUACAUUUCGCUUUUGGUGCCCUUGAAGUGCUUAAACCGAGAAGAAUAUCAACAAGCUAGUCCUGUAUGAUUGAUCCUGGUCCACAGUGGGAUUGUAUGUUGUGGUAUUCACCCCUUUAUUUCGUCUGUUUCUUUUUUGCUGUUCUGUCUCCUCCUUUAAAUUUACUGACUGAGUCUUAGUUAUGAUGUUAUGCUCUGAUUAUAGUGGCAGCUGACUUUGACGUAGCUUCUUUUGUUCAUGCUUUGAAACUAAAAACAGAUGAGAAAAAACAUAAUAAUAUGAAAAGCCCCCCGUAGUUGUUCAAUUAUUUAAAUUCCAUUAAAAAGUGGUUCGCUUAUGGUUAUUUGGACACACUGAUGUUUGAGUUUACCUCAGUCUUUUAUAUUAGUUUACAUCUAUUUACUUUUUACAUACUUUUAUAUCUUUGACUAUUGCUUGUUGCUGUUAUCAUCAGUAGAUUAAUGUCACCUGUGUUUUUAAUGUCUGUUUGCAAAAUAAAGUUCCUUUUGGAU